CUCACAAGCAUGUCAAAUUCAAACUUUCUUGACAAGGCAAUUGCCAUUGUCAAAGAUGCUGUCGAACAAGAUACAAAACAAAAUUAUCAAGAAGCAUACAAGCUUUAUCAAAACUCAUUAGACUUUUUCAUGAUGGCGAUCAAAUACGAAAAGAGUGAUCGAAUGAAACAAAUGUUGCGAAACAAAGUGGCAGAAUAUUUAGAUCGUGCUGAAUCACUUAAAGCACAUCUUAAUUCACAAAAAGAAGACAAAGGUAGAUCAGCAAUCGGAGCAAACGGAAGUGAAAAAGGUGUAGGAGCAAACGGCACAAAGAAAGGCGCCGAUGAAGAUGGUGUGGAUGCAGAGACAAAGCGAUUGCGAGCCGGUCUAUCCAGUGCAAUCUUGUCAGAGACACCAAAUGUAUCUUGGGAUGAUGUUGCCGGUCUGCAGACAGCCAAAGAUUCUCUCAAAGAAGCCGUCAUUCUUCCAAUCAAGUUCCCACAACUAUUCACAGGAAAACGAACGCCUUGGCGUGGUAUUUUGCUCUAUGGACCGCCAGGAACGGGUAAAAGUUACCUUGCAAAAGCAGUCGCAACGGAAGCAAAAUCUACCUUCUUCAGUGUCAGUAGUAGUGACUUGGUCAGUAAAUGGAUGGGUGAAAGUGAAAGAUUGGUCAAAAAUCUGUUUGCAAUGGCAAGAGAGGCAAAACCAUCAAUCAUCUUUAUCGACGAAGUGGAUUCAUUGUGUGGUACUCGUGGAGAAGGUGAAAGUGAAGCAAGCAGACGUAUCAAGACUGAGUUUCUGGUGCAAAUGGACGGUGUUGGUAAUGGAGCAGGUGGUGUGCUGGUGCUAGGAGCAACAAAUAUUCCAUGGCAACUGGAUUUGGCCAUCAAAAGACGAUUUGAGAAACGUAUCUAUAUCCCUCUACCCGAUUUAGAAGCACGAAAGAAGAUGUUUGAAUUGCAAGUUGGAUCUACACCCUGUUCACUCACCAAUAAAGAUUAUCGUGAGCUUGCCGUCAAGACCGAAGGUUAUUCAGGUUCAGAUAUCGCAGUCUUAGUGCGUGAUGCACUUAUGCAACCUGUUCGAAAGGUAUUGAGCGCAACGCAUUUCAAAAAAGUGACUGCUCCUCAAAAAGCAAAAGAUGGAGAAGCACAACCUGAAGAAGGUUUAACGGGAGAAUUUUGGACUCCAUGCAGUCCGGGUGAUCCACAAGCCAAAGAGAUGACAUGGGAAGCAGUAGAUGGAUCAGAACUUUUGGAACCGCAAUUAAUCUUGUCAGACUUUUUGCGUGCAAUCCAACAAGCUCCACCAACGGUGACAGAAGCCGAUUUGAAACAACACACCGAAUUCACACAGCAGUCCGGGCUCGAAUGA